AUGAACAACACGACAUCACCAAAAAGGCUAGAACUGACUGGCCUACAAGUACAAGUAAAUUGCGAAACACGGCACGCACAACAAGUUUCUCCUAAUCACGAACAAGUGAACGAUGAAUACUAUGACAAUGACGUUUACUACAAGACUCCGAAAAACAAUCAAGAACCAAGGUCAGAUCCUGAUUACUUCGAACAGAUGAUUGACGAGGUAAAGGAAUAUAGCAAAGACGAGCCGAUGGAUGAAGACCACGUGCCUGCGUUACAAAACAUUUCAAGCGAUGAGGAAGAUGCGCGCGAUAACAACAAAGAAAUAGAUGACGAAACUUGGAGACGCAGAAGAUUACGCGAAGACCUACUGCAGAUGGAACAAGUUCUUCGAAAUUUUCCAUUCCGAAAAAUUGGAGAAUCCUCACGCGGUGUUGAAAAUUGGGUAAAAUGCGCCUUCUGCAACAGAGUCGGGCAACAUUAUUCUGACUCCUACCCACAAGUAACAGAUGAGGAUGAACGGUACAAUAUCUUACGUUAUGGAGGGCUCUGCAAGCACUGCCUUGAUCAAUGCCAACCUGACAAGUGCAAGUUCAAGCCGAGACGAUGUUGGUACUGUGAAAGAAUUAGAGGAACUAUCGCAGAUGACCUAACGUCGGACGACGGAGGACAUCAUCGCGCCCUUUGCAAUGUACCAAACGCGAGGAACACCUUACGACGCAGGAUCGAGGAACUCAAGAAAGAGCUCGACGGAUGA